AUGUGCGUCAUAGCAAACCAUCCCUUUCAAGAUCCACCGUCGCCGUCGUCGUCGGCAAUUCGUUGGAGUCGAGGGAAAUUGCUGGGCCAAGGAACCUACGGCAAGGUCUACAUCAGAAUUCCAAAAACACCAAAUUCGCCUCUCAUGGCAGUGAAAUCUGCGCCGGAAUACAACGCCAAGUUUCUGAAAUUGGAGUACUGGAUUCUUGCCGAGUUCCGCCUCAACCCAGCAAUCAUACAGUGCUUCGGCGCUCAAAUAACCCAAGAGGACGGCGGACCCAGAAUCUACAACUUGUUGUUGGAAUACGCCCCUUGCGGCUCCCUCUCCGAUUUAAUCGCUAGGUACGGCCGCCUCCGCGGCCGUCGCGGGAUUCCGGAGAGCGAAAUUAGGGUUUACACUUGA